AUGGCAUUGAGUGUCCUGGAAGAGCUGUUGGUCCACGUCGAGAGAGUGUGCGCGGAGGAUCUUCAAUGCCUGGACGAGGAGAACGUGGCCUGGAUCCCGCGGCUCGGAAUUCUGCAGCCGACGCUAGCCUUCCGGGAAAUACGACGCGUCCUCUACGCAUCCUACACCGUGUCUAUGCGCCUGGAGCGCGUCGCUUGGCUCUACUGUUGGCUGCUGCCGAGGCGAAAGAUUCGCCCGUUCAGUCGUCGGCCCACGACGCUCAGCCUGAGGCACGUCUGCGGGACGUACUACGCCUGCCUGAUAAACAAGUUCCCGGGUCCGAACUCGCCGGAACACACGGUGAUGUUCUUGGUGCUUUGGAGCGGCCAGCGCUUCGCGGCCGCGUACGCCGGAACGGACGACGAACAGCUAAGGCUCACGGCUGGCAUCCACGUCGCCCUUCGAGGGGAAAGCGUGCAACUGCUAAUGGGCCUCCACGCAGACUUGGACGUCGCGUUUUCUGCGGGUCGUCAAGACGUCGGAGGUACACCCUUAUUUCGAUUAGGCAGAAACCUCAGUACUGUGGCGCGGAUCUUAGGGCAACCCGAUCCUCAACAGCAAGCAGUAGACCACAGUAUGCACACGCAAGAGCAAGGCGAGGACCCAUGAAAGAAAAAAA